GAUGAUCUGUAAGGCCCCCAAAGACCUGCAAACUUAUUUGAAUAUUGAAUUGUUUACUUCAUAUCUCUAUGCUUGAAUUUAAUUCUAAAGCUAACUUCCCUAAAUAUGUCUGUAAUUUUCUUUUGUAUUUGUGGGAGGAUAAUUUAUUUGCCAGAGUUAUGUGGGUAGAAUGUAAAUCACCAUGUUUUAUGAUGUUAAUUACAUUAACUUGGUUUGUAACAUACCAAGAGCUAAUAUCUGCUUAGGGACUCGACUUUAAAUUGUGGGGGGUUUAGAAUUAGACUGCAGUAACAGUAGAGGCUAAAUAUGAAAUAAUGAAGCAGGAUUUUUUGAUUGUUCAGAAUAACUUUGUUUUGGUUGGGUUUGACCUACACAUCAGUGAAAGUUACAGUUCCUAUUUUUGUGCUAUCAGGCUUGCCAAAUUACUUUUAAAAAGGGUUGGCAAUAUAAUCGAUGAGUUUAUCCACUUAGGACUUAGUGACGCUAUAAUGUAGCAGAGUAGUGCCAUUGCAGGAUGCCAACUUUGUGUACUCGCGGUAAAUGCCCGGCCGUGCACACCCUUCGCCCGGGACCGGAGCCGCCGCUGCUGUAGCACUGCGGUGCUGUCGGGGCUGGAAAUGCUAUCGCUUGAAUAAACUGCGCCUUGCAGCUUUCCUGGUGUUAUUACUGUCAGUGUUUGCCGUGGCCUCGGCUCGGCCCCGCGCCGUGCAGGUGCCGGGGGCGGGCCCGGGGGCGGUGCCACCGCCCAGCCCGGCCCGGCUUGGCUCGUCCCGCCCCGCCGGCACAGCAGCCACCAUGGCGGCAGAGCGGGACCGGGACCGCGAGCGGGAGCUGCGCUUCUACCGGCGGCUGCCCAAAGCGGAACUCCAUGCUCAUUUGAACGGCUGUAUCAGUUCUGCUACUAUGAAGAAACUCAUGGCCCAGAAGCCAAACCUUCAGAUCCAGAAUGGAAUGACUGUGAUUGACAAAGGAAAGAAAAGAACUUUAGAUGAAUGUUUUCAGAUGUUUCAGAUCAUCUAUCGGGUUACCACAAGGACUGAAGAUAUUUUACUGGUAACUAAAGAUGUCAUUAAAGAAUUUGCUGAUGAUGGUGUCAAGUAUCUGGAAUUGAGAAGCACUCCAAGAGAAGAAAAUUCCACAGGUAUGACCAAAAGGAUGUAUGUUGAAACUGUACUUGAGGGUAUAAAGCAGUGUCAAGAAGAAGGCUUGGAUAUAGAUGUAAGGCUGUUAAUAGCAAUAAACAGAAGAGAUGGCCCAGAAAUUGCUAAGCAGACUGUUAAACUUGCUGAAGAGUUCCUGCAUUCCAGUGAUGGGGUUUUGGUAGGACUUGACCUCAGUGGGGAUCCCACUGCAGGACGUGGUCAAGAUUUUUUGGAACCACUCUCAGAAGCAAAAAAAGCAGGUCUAAAGCUGGCACUGCAUCUUUCUGAGAUUCCAAAUCAAGAAGAGGAGACCAGGAUUCUCCUGGGCCUGCCUCCUGACAGAAUUGGACAUGGAACAUUUCUCAAUUCUACAGCAGCAGGUUCUGAAGAGAUAGUGUCACUGGUUCAGCAGAAUCGUAUACCUAUUGAAUUUUGCAUGACAUCAAACAUAAAAUCUCAGACAGUGCCUUCCUGUGACAAACACCAUUUUGGAUACUGGUACAACAUGGGCCAUCCUGCAGUGCUUUGUACUGAUGAUAAAGGCGUCUUUGCAACUGAUCUAUCGCAAGAAUAUGAGCUGGUUGCAAAAACAUUUAAUCUGACUCAAUCACAGAUGUGGGAUCUUUCCUACGAAUCAAUCAACUAUAUUUUUGCUUCACAUGCAGUAAAAUCCAAGUUAAGGGAACAGUGGUGUAAGCUGAAGCCAGCUCUGUUUGAGUAAUCAAACUGUUGUCCUAAAUAGCUCUGUUGUAUUAGCUGAGUUAAUAAGAUUUUUUUAAAUGAAGUCCCUGGCUUUUUUCAGACCUCAGGGUUUUAAUUCCAGCUAUAAACUGCCUGUGUAAAAUUAAGGCAACUGGAAUGCAUUCCUUGUUACUGGGGACAGAAGUAAGUGUCCUUUUGGUAGUUGAGAAGGGCACUCAACUAGUGACUACAAUGCCAAAUGUGUUGUCACCUUGUUUCUCUUGAGCUGAUAUGGCAUUUUAAAAAACAAUGAGUUGAAAUAUGUCAUCAUAAUAUAAACAUUUGAGGGCUGGAACAAAAUGAAGGCAGAGCUAUUGGUGUCUAAAACAUCUCUGUUGUCAGCAGUCCACCAAGCAGUUUGAACGUGUGGUGUGUAUUUUUGGGGUUUGUAUUAUUUUCAGGUUUUGAGCUAUUGAUUGAAUGUGAAGACAGAAACAAACUCAGGGAGAACAAAAUAUUUAUCCCAAGGAAUUAAUAUUGUAUCUGGCUUUAUUGUUGUACAUAUAUGACUGAAGCUGUGUGGAUUGAGUAGCACGUGGAGAUCUCUGCUAGAGCUCUGGGCACUGGCAGUGUGUAGGCAUUUAAAAAUCUUGAAUGCCUUCAGUAACUGAGCUACUUGGCAAAGUGGUCUCACUCUUAAAAUGCUUUUUAGAAUUGCUGUUUGUUGUGUAAAAAAAAGCAAUAAAAAUAGCCUCAAGCUCCAUUUUUGAAACAACCAC